CUGUUGUUGUCGUCUGCUUGGCACAUUUGUCACGAGGCCCGGCGUUGAUCGUUCCAUAACAAUCAUGUUUCUUUUUUUCAUUAGUUAAAACAAAUAAAAUAGUUCAGUUAACAAGUGCUUCAAUCAUGUUCUCCCCAAUCGUACGCUCUGCUCAGCGAAUUUCCACCAGGACUUUGGCACAAAGCUCGUCAAAUCUGGCGAGUUUGCAAAUUGCCGAUGCCAAAUGCAAUGUCAAACACAGCGAACAUCCCACUUCCCUUACACACAAUCAAAAAAUGAGCAGUGCAUCACAGUUUGCAAGCUCUGUUGCAGUGGAAUCCAGUUUUGAACCAUCCAUUAUGAAAAACCGUUUGGCUCUCCCCAAUCUACUGGUAGACACCAACGAUGAAGAAACUGUUCAAGAAACCAGCCAAGUAGAUGUCUACCACCAGUUUCAAAGUCAACCUGAUAAAGUGUUGAAAUCCAUGAAGUUGACUGGUUCCCAAGAAAAAGCCCUAAAAAAAUUUGUUAUAGCUGAACAAACGUUGAAUAAGGACAACUUGCAUAACAAAACAGCCAUUAAAUGGAUGAAUGCGAUAAAAUUCCCUUUACUGGAUACAGUUCGCUCAAGAGCUUCAAGUUUUAUCGACAGUGAGACCUGUCGUUCUUUCAUCAGCAAAAUUGGCGAUAUUAGUGAUCCAUCAACAGUUGUUGUGAUUGGUAAUCCUGGUGCUGGAAUCUUGUCACACCAAUUUAUGAAGAAAGGAGCCAAGCAGCUGGUUCUGUUUGAACAGAAUAGUUAUAUAAGAUCACACUUGGAGAAAAUCCACAAGAAUCAACCUGUAUAUGUCGCUCCCCAUUCUUUGUUCAGUUUGGGCGAAAAUAACGAGCACGCCUUAAUUAACUUACUAGAGUCGGAAAAAUACAACCGGAUCAAAAUCGUUCAACCUCUUAGUAAUCCCACCAUAGCCAAAAGCAUUUUGUCGCAUUACACGACAGGUAUAAUACCCUUCGACAAUAAACACGUCGAGCUGUACUUUGUUGUCGAAAAAGCUUAUGGAGAGAAACUCGUCGAAAUGGAAAUGGUUGAUCCCCUGCGGAAGCUAACCAAAUCUAUUACUGCAUGGCGGACGUUCGUCAAAUCCGAAUUAGUGUGUACGAUAGCAGCCGAUGCCUUCUUCCCAUCAUUCGCACCGUUGGGUUUUGGGAUCCAUCCCCGCAAAAAGAGGGCUGAUAAAGCUGUGGUGCUCCGUUGUACCUUUCGGCCCAUCAGCUGUCGGGGCCGAACUUUGAGUUCGACAGAACGAAACCUUUACAGCAUGUUUAUUCGUCACGUCAUGUCGACCAGCACGGCCAAAGUCAUCAACUCGCUCGAGAAAUGGAUACCUGGCAUCGGACUCCGACUCAUUCGUGAGGGCAUUCCCCUCUUUACCUGUUUCAAUCAGUUAUCCAGCGACGAAUUCGAACGCAUCUUUUUCAUUUUUCUCGAGAUGGCGCCUGAAGGCCAUUCUGCUUGGCAAUUGUUGAGUAGUCAAAACAAUAAUUGUAUGGAUUGGCUCAGAGAAUUUGAUGCUACUGCUCGUUAGUCUCCAACUUCUAAUCGCAAUGAAGUAUUUUGAUUCGUUAGUAUAUUACACGCCGAGUCGGUCUUUUGACAAUUUAAAUUGAUUUUUAUAUUUCAUUUUUAACAAAUUUUCGUUAUAUUUCAGAGAAUGUUGAACGAGUAUGGGGGUUAAAAUAUUGAAUAGUAUUCAGUGCUCGGUAAACAUAACUGGGUAGUAGGUGAAGCGACUCCAAUAUUGUCAUCCAAUCCAUUUUGAAAUUCAAAACUAAAUUUUAUGGAAACAUUUGUAACUUGAGAAAUUUAGGGUUAGUUUUAAAUGUGAAUUUAUCUACCUCAACAUUUUCAGCGGCCCCAAGGUUGGCGACAGUUUCCCUGUGGAUCCAUUUGCUUUGGCGGAGGACAUUUGCGAUCCGGUGCAACUCCAAUUUGCAUUUCGUCAGUUCCAGCACCUGGAAUUUUGUCCAAAACGUUUUUCUUAAUAGCCGAACCACCAGUGCAGGCCGCCAAAAGAAUCAACAACGUGAAGAACAGACUGAAGAGACGCAUCUUU